AAAUGGCACUCGUUCGCGCGACCAUUUUCUUGCUGCCUUUAGGCCGAUCAGCGGGAUUCCCGAGUCGGGCCAAGCAUGGCCUUACCCAUGUCAAUAGCGACAAGCAACCCACCAUGGUGGACGUCACCGACAAGGCGAUCACAGACCGGACAGCAGUGGCACGCAGUAUCGUUCGAUUUCCCGCAGGGAUCCUUGCGUCCCUACGCCAAGACGCGGAACUGAUGAGCAAAAAGGGUCCUGUUCUCACCACGGCAAUCUUGGCAGGUGUCAUGGGUGCGAAGAAGACGAGCGACCUCAUUCCCUUCUGCCACCCGUUGGCGUUGAACGACUGCAAAGUCACGUUGCACGUCCAGGACGACAACACGCUGCACAUCCACUGCGCCGUCAAAUGUACCGGACGCACGGGCGUCGAAAUGGAAGCGCUUACGGGUGCGUCCAUCGCUGCGCUGUGCGUUUAUGACAUGUGCAAGGCGUUAUCCCACGACCUGGUCAUUCAAGAAACGCGGCUGUUGGCCAAAACAGGCGGGAAAGCGCCAUUUCUUCACAAAGAACCACAAUAGUGUGACCAUGGUUGAUACGAUAUAAAUAAUACUAUGCAUGCUGCUACGGCCACAUGGAGAGGACGCCCACGGCCACCAAUAGCGCGUCUCCGAUGGUCAGAACGAUCUUUAAAACUUGGCCUCUGGUAGCCUCGUCUGCCACCACAAGCUGCAAAUAGCUGGCACACAAGUGGCUGCCAUCCAAGUGAUGGAUCGGAAGCGCAUUGAACAGUCCUAAUGUCCCCGACACAUUGCCCACAAAUUGCCAAAACCGCUCG